GUAGUCUCGUAGAAAAAAACUCCGAGGCUCCAAGGUCUCCACGCCUCCACCGCCCCACUCACAACCUUAUCGUCGCCGCGGCACGAGCAAAGAUGGCGCCGCCGGCAGCAGCGCCGCCUCCCGCCAUGUCCGCCCUCCCCACCUUCGCCUCCUCGCACCCAUACCCUUCCCUCCCCACGCCCAAAACCGCCGCCCCCAAACCACGCCUCACCCUGGCCUAUGCCGGCGCCGCCGCGGCUCCCAAUGCCGUCCCCCACCGCAGCGCCGCCGCCUCCAACGACCGCCUGCGAGGGCUGGUCCGCCGCGGCGACCUCGAGGGGGCCCUCCGGCUCGUCGAGUCCAUGGCGGGCCUCGACCCUUCCGCGGCCGCCGCCGCACCGGGGCCCUGCGCCGCGCUCAUCAAGAAGCUGUGCGCGUCCGGGCGCACCGCGGAGGCCCGGCGCGUGCUGGCCGCCUGCGAGCCCGACGUCAUGGCCUACAACGCCAUGGUCGCCGGGUACUGCGUCACGGGGCAGCUCGACAACGCGCGCCGGCUCGUCGCGGCGAUGCCCAUGGAGCCCGACGCCUACACCUACAACACCCUCAUCCGCGGCCUGUGCGGGCGCGGCAGGACCGACAAUGCCCUCGCGGUGCUCGACGAUAUGCUCCGCCGUGGGUGCGUCCCCGACGUGGUCACCUACACCAUCCUGCUCGAGGCCACCUGCAAGAGGAGCGGGUACAAGCAGGCCAUGAAGCUGCUCGACGAGAUGCGCGACAAGGGGUGCGCCCCGGACAUAAUCACCUACAACGUCGUCGUCAACGGCAUUUGCCAGGAAGGGCGGGUCGAUGACGCCAUGGAGUUCUUGAAGAGCCUGCCAUCCAACGGAUGCGAGCCGAACACCGUCAGCUACAACAUUGUGUUGAAGGGCUUGUGUACCGCGGAGCGGUGGGAGGACGCCGAGAAGCUCAUGGCUGAGAUGAGUCGCAAGGGGUGCCCCCCAAAUGUGGUGACAUUCAACAUGCUCAUCAGCUUUUUGUGCCGGAGAGGAUUGGUCGAGCCUGCGAUGGAGAUUCUUGAUCAGAUCCCAAAGUACGGGUGCACGCCCAAUUCGUUGAGCUACAACCCGAUACUUCACGCGUUCUGCAAGCAAAAGAAGAUGGAUAGAGCCAUGGCGUUUGUGGAACUGAUGGUGUCCAGCGGCUGUUACCCCGACAUCGUCUCAUACAACACUCUUCUUACCGCGCUGUGUCGCGGUGGGGAGGUUGAUGCCGCUGUUGAGUUGCUUCAUCAACUCAAGGACAAAGGCUGCACCCCUGUCUUGAUUAGCUACAACACCGUCAUCGAUGGCCUUACCAAAGCCGGCAAGACAGAGGAAGCUUUAGAGCUGCUGAAUGAAAUGGUAACCAAAGGGCUCCAGCCGGAUAUAAUCACUUACUCGACAAUAUCUUCUGGCCUUUGUCGGGAAGACAGAAUCGAAGAAGCGAUCAAAGCAUUUUGUAAAGUGCAAGACAUGGGCAUAAGGCCCAACACUGUGCUGUACAACGCGAUACUUCUUGGGCUUUGCAAAAGGCGUGAAACACAUAGUGCUAUCGAUCUGUUUACCUACAUGGUAUCAAAUGGCUGCAUGCCAAACGAAUCGACUUACACUAUAUUGAUUGAAGGCUUGGCUUAUGAAGGCCUGGUCAAGGAGGCACGGGAAAUGCUGGCUGAGUUGUGCUCCAGAGGGGUGGUGAGUAAGACUUUGGUAAAUAAGGGAGCCAUUCGGUUACUUGAUGCUUGAUGGAACUAUGCAUACUUAAAAAGGUUGACCAGACCAGUAGGAGUGUGUGGAUCCAGGAGUAUGUUCUUGUGCAUCUUAGGCAGUACGUAGAGAUACUAAAUUGUUCUUAAUGAUGUCUUAUUCGACGCUGUGUUCUUCUGAACAUGUGAGUGUCCUUUCUUAAUGUGAAGCGCACAGCCUCCUCCAGUUCAACUUGCUAGAAACUUGUACAGGAUUAUUCUCUCUUAUUUAAUGUACUCAAUAGGGAGCUAUCCUAUUUUGUUUC